CAAUAUACAAAGAGUUCAAAUUCCUCGUUUUCCAUCUCCCCAAACUCCCCUUUCAACAAUCAACUGCUCAACGAGUCUUUAAAGAAACGGAAUUCUUUGACUUCCUCAUAUCCAACUCAUAUCUUCCCUUCCGCUUUUGGGCCAUUCAAAGCAGUUAUAACUAUUCCUGCAAAUUUCUCUUCAGAGCAACGCGCAGCCACUAAAGAUGCUGCAGAGAUAGCUGGAAUUGAUGUCUUAGAAUUAGUAAUGGAACCCACUGCGGCGGCUAUAGCUUAUGAUAAAACUAUAGGUCUUAUUAAUAAUAAUAAAUAUUUGGUUUUAGACUUGGGUGGAGGGACUUUCGACGUCUCCGUCGUUGAUAUCAAAGACAAGAACUUCACAGUCUUGUCGACAGAUGGCGACACCCAUUUGGGUGGAAAAGAUAUCGACUUGGCAAUCUUAAAGUACUUAGUCGAAAACAACCCACAACUCAAUCUCUUCAUUCAUCCAAACGAAAACACUAAGAGAUCUCCAGCAGUCUGCGCUCGCGCUCGCAGAAAUCUCAUUAAGAACUGCGAACGCGCCAAAAUGCAGUUCUCGACGGAAGGCACAGCCAACGUCGAAAUUUCUUUGGUUGGGGUCGUCCCACAGAACGCUAUGGAACAAGUCUGUGAAAUCGACUCGACCAUUUCAGCGGAAAUCUUCGAAGAAAUCUGCCAACCAAUUUUCGAAAAAGCAAAAAAUGUUAUUCAAAAUGUUUUUCGCAAAAAGGCGUUGACGGUGAGCGAUAUCCGAGACGUCAUAUUAGUUGGCGGGCCGACACGAUUGUGUUGCUUCAAAAAGAUGAUUAAAAACAUGUUUGGGAAAGAGUCGCUGUCACAAGUUGAUACGAUGAUGGUGGUAUGUCAAGGAGCGUCGAUUAAAGCGGUAGAGACUGAGAAGAGAUAUACUGAUGUUGUUCCGAUAUCUUUGGGGAUAUUGAGUUAUGGUGUUUUGUUUGAGAAGAUAAUAGAAAGUGGGACUGCCUUUCCGACAAUAAAUGAGAAGAAGUUUUUGACGACUAUUGACAACCAAAAGGUCUUAUCAGUUCGGAUCUUCGAAGGAGAGAAAGAUAUCUGCGCGGACAAUCUCAAGAUUGGACAAUUUGAAAUCCAAAUUGAUAAGCCACAACCUAAAGGGUCUCCAAUUAUAGUUCGAUUUAUUAUCGACUCUUCUGGUCUUUUCACUGUUGAGGCUAAGAUGGAAGGGAUUGGGAUUUAUCACUCACUCAUCGUCGAAGAAAAGUCAAGAGAAAAACGACAAGAAAAAAUAUUAAAACUCAAAGAAAAAAGUCACAACGAAGAGAUCAAACGUCAAGAAGAGAGUGUUUUUGGGAUUGCAGUGGAAAUUUUGAUGAAACUGCGAAAUUACAUUGAAAAAGAUGAACAUUUUUUCAAUUCAGAACAGAAAGGGCUCGUUGAAAAUGUGAGUGAAAAAGAUUGCGAAACGUUUGAAAAGACGGUGCAAUUGAUACAAAGUCUUUUGGAGGAAUUUCAAGAUUUUCCAGAAGUCCAGAAAUUCUUACAAGAAGAGAAGCCAAGUCUAAGUAUUGUGUUGUCGAGAACUAAUUGUACUAAAUAA